AGUAUUGGAUAGACCUUAAACAUAGGAUACAAUCUAGAGCUGCACAAUAUAGGCAGGAUGCUACAGGUACUGGUGGAGGGUGCUAAUGUUGAUAACUUAUCUGAAUUAGAUAUGGCCAUAUUGGGAACAGCAGCAGUAUUUGGAGAUACUGAACUUAAAGUUCCAUUUAGUAACCAACUCCUUCAUCUUCAGCUGUUGAGCCACCACCAGAUAUAGAAUUCCAAAUAGCUAGGCAGGGUGCACGAAAGUUGUAUGCAGGUAGAGACAGCAUUAAUGCAACUUCAAAAAUUUCACAAGAAAUUUGGUCAAGCAUCUAAAAACUUCAAACCUGAUUGAAAUUUAGAAAGGAUAAA